UAGUGUAAAAUGGAUUUGAGACGGAAAGAAACUUGACUGUGUGAACACAGGCUCAGUUUAACUCCUUAACUGCGACUGCUUUGAGUUCAGGUAAGGGUUCGAAUAUGACACAUGGCAACAACUGCACAACAGCAGAAGAUGCGGCAGAGAGCAACCAGCAGCAGCCUCUCAUUCUGGAAAGAGAGCACAAAGAUGUGGGUGGGGAAAAACUGGCGGACCACCGUGUUACAUCAGCUGAAGAAACACUGCUUGUGCACCCCAAAAAUUGCAAAAUCCAAGAUACUGGGUUUUUUUCCAAUUCUGAAAUGGCUUCCACACUACCAGCUCAAGGAUUGGCUUCUGGGCGAUAUCGUAUCAGGACUGAUUGUUGGAAUCCUGUUGGUCCCCCAGUCCAUAGCCUACUCCUUACUGGCCAGUCAGGACCCCAUAUAUGGCCUCUAUACUUCUUUCUUCUCCUCCAUUAUCUAUGCCCUCUUAGGCACUUCCAGACAUAUCUCAGUGGGGAUUUUUGGGGUGCUCUGCCUGCUUGUGGGCCAAGUUGUGGACAGGGAGUUAGCUUUGGCAGGAUACCUCAUAGAAGGCAGCAGCAUCAGACAUAAUGACAGCACUGUCCCUCUGGCUGGCCCGGGGAAUAGCAGCGUUGGGAUGGAAUGUGACAGAGGCUGCUAUGCAAUCACAGUGGGAGCUACGCUUACCUUCACUGCUGGGGUUUACCAGGUGCUAAUGGGCCUUUUCCAUGUAGGCUUUGUCUCCAUCUACCUCUCUGACUCCCUUCUCAGUGGCUUCGCUACAGGAGCCUCCCUGACCAUUCUUACUUCCCAGUUCAAGUUUCUUUUGGGCCUAAAGAUCCCCAGGCCCCAAGGCUGGUUCACUCUAUUCAAGACGUGGUACAGCCUGUUCACCAACCUGGGAAACGCCAACGUUUGUGACCUGGUGACCAGUUUGGUGUGUUUGCUGAUACUGAUACCUACCAAGGAGCUCAAUGAUCGCUUCAAAGCAAAGUUAAAGGCUCCAAUUCCCUUUGAGCUCUUUGUGGUGAUAAUUGCAACACUGGCCUCUCACUUUGGCCACUUCAACACCGAGUACGGCUCCAGUGUGGCAGGCGACAUCCCCACAGGGUUUCUCCCUCCCCAGUUGCCCAAUUGGUCUCUGAUCCCCAACGUGGCUGUUGAUGCCUUCUCCAUUGCCAUCGUGGCAUUUGCCAUCACUGUGUCACUGUCCGAAAUGUUUGCCAAGAAACAUGGCUACACGGUGGAUGCAAACCAAGAGAUGUAUGCUAUCGGCUUCUGCAACAUCCUGCCAUCGUUCUUCCACUGCUUCACCACCAGCGCUGCUCUGACUAAGACUCUGGUCAAGGAGUCAACAGGAUGCCAGACUCAAAUGUCAGGGCUGGUCAGUGCCUUCAUCCUGCUACUGGUGCUUCUGGUUAUUGCACCGCUUCCCUUCAGAAGUAAGUGUGUACUAGCUGUCAUCAUUGUAGUCAACCUCCGUGGCGCUCUACGAAAGUUCACCGACAUUCCCCACAUGUGGCGUGUCAAUCGUGUUGAUGCCUCCAUCUGGCUGCUCACCAUGGCAACCUCUGCAUUUGUCAACACAGAGCUGGGGCUCCUCGUGGGGGUUUUGGCGUCAGCCUUCUGUGUCCUGGGCCGCACCCAGCAAGUCCACGUCCUGGAGCUGGGCCGAACUACAACCAGGGAACAUUAUGAGGACCUGUCGUCUUACCACGGCCUUCAAACACACCCCGGGGUGGCAGUUUAUAGAUAUGACGCUCCAAUCUAUUACGCCAAUCAGAGCUUGUUCAAAAAAUCUCUUUACAAAUGUGUAGGGCUCGACCCGGUGAAGGAGAAAACACAGCGCAUCAAGUUUAACAAGAAGAGAAGACAGCAACAUGGAGAGGAUGCAGAAGUCCCAAAUGUGAUGUCUGAGGACAAUGUUGUACAUAAAGAGGAUGACGCUGAAUCAACCACAAAUGUAACCUUGAUGCUUGAUGGGAAACCCUCUCGUAGCUUACACGGCAUAGUGAUCGACUGCAGCUCUAUCGUAUUUCUAGAUACUGCUGGAGUGAAUGCUCUGAAAGAGGUUCGCAAAGAUUAUGGAGAACUUGGGGUCAGCGUUGUCCUGGCCCAGUGUAAUACCUCAGUACUGGACACUCUGGAACGAGGAGGAUACCACCCUACCAAAAAAGAAAGUGAUGAAGGAGAGAGCAACAGUCUGUUUUUCACCAUUUCAGAUGCUGUCUGCUAUGUUCAAAGCUUCUCUGCUCCCAGCAGAGAUUGUGAUGCCAAAUUCUAAAAAGAUCCGUCCAAAUAUCUUUUUACAUGCUUAUAUCUUAUUCAGUACCAAAGUGUAUAAUUGUCUAUGUGCCUUAUAGUGCCACACUGAUGGCAGCAGUUAUGUAGUAUAGAUGCCUUCUUCAGCAGACAGUUCUUUAUCUAAUAAUGCUUCGGCAUGGCAAAUAUUUAUGUUUUCCUUAAAUGGUAAGAAACAUUGUGCUCAACCAAAGGAGAGAAAAAGGUGAAUAAAUUAAGACUGGUUCAUAAAAUGAAUGAGGUGGGUAAGCUUGGUUCAAGCAGACCAACACAGCACAGCUCCUCUACUUUCCACAGCCUUUGUGUAUCCAAACUGAAGUGCCUAUACUGUAUAAAUGCAUAGUAAUGUAAAUGUCUUCAUAUCAGGACCUUACACAUUUGCUGUUGCAGCUGGAUAACUCAUCUUCAUGCAGAGUGCACCACGAGCUCAUUCUUCUCCACAAGUUGUGGCAGCUGGUUCAUAAGAACACGUUACACCGAGUGGAGCUUCUCAUUUUGGAACAAAUCUCCUCAGCUCUGGUUUUGAAGCUGUGGUGUGUUUUUUUUUUAUUACCUGCUGUGCCGGAACUGACAAUGUCACUUCAAGGCAGUACUUUUUAACGUCUGUCCUCGAGCCACGUUUCCUGAGGCUGACAACAUUACUGACGUAGCUUUAGCCUCUUAAGUACACAGCCGAGCUGGCAGCUGAGUUAUGACCUGGGGCAAAGUUUGAGUUAAAGGUAAACAGUGUGUGCACUGAAUUCCAGGUGAGGUUUACAUCAGAACAGCUUUCUUGAGUUUCCUUUGUUGAAUUAAAUAUUGAAUUAAGCUGGUUGGACAUUUUCUUUAUAUGGAAGAGAAUGUCUAAUCAGACCAACCACAAGCCAGUUCAUGCAAAGUGCCACAGUUUGGAAUUACAGGGAGGCACCAAAGUUAUUCUCAGGAUGUUCAACCUCUGUCAAAGUAUUUGGUCUCGAGUUCUUUCUGAAAAAAGUCUUACAUCAGAACAAGCUGGUUUCAUAAGAUCCUGCUCACAUGUUUAAAAUUGCCCUCAAGAAUAAAUGAGAUAAAAUACCCAAAUACAGAUCCUAGCACAGCCUAAAUAAAGAGGUGGGGGUGUCCCUACCAACACUGAGACCAAGGCUACCCACUUGCAAACUCCCAAACAUUUCACCAGAAAAGAAAACUAAAAAAGCAAUACAAAGUAGUUUUUGCAUUAAUCCAAAAAAAAAAGAUCCACACAGAGUUUGUGUUUAUUAUACCUACAGUUUUUUUAAAGCCUUUCCUCUACAUGUUUGGUACUACAGCUGUACGAUUUACUUUCCCUUUAGACUUUAACUGUUUAACAGUAUCAAGUAAAAUCACAACUGGAUGCUGGUUGGAGCAUUCAAGGUUCACUACAGCAGUAAUUAUACGAUGAGCAGAAACUACAGAAAUAUGUGUUACAUAAAUGUGUCUGUUCUGUUUCUUACACAGGAGUUGCUGAUUUUAAAUCUUUGCUGUGGAAUACAAUAGAAGACAAUCGUAUUUUCAUAGCUUCCUUUCUCCAGUAUUUUUGCUGAUGUAACACAGCUGUGUUAUGAUCUUAUAGCCGCUUCUCGAUCCAUAAUACCGAGACCAAAUAAAAAGGAUUGUGUUUUCACCGUAGGUAAGGUCAUUUAAAAGCACCAUCUAGCAACAGUCCAUCCAUUAUCUAUACUGCUUAUCCUAACAAGGGUCACGGGGGGGACUGGAGCCUAUCCCAGCUGACAUUGGGAACCUGGAGAGCACCCACGCAGGCAAUCUCAGCACAGAAAGGCAACCGGUUGGCCGGGACUCAAACCCAGAACCUUCUUGUUGUCAGGUCCCAGCGCUAACCACUGUGCCACCAGCAACAAUUCAUCAUAUAGUAAAAUAUAGAAGAUCCAUUUUGUAUAAGCGUCCAAUCAACAAACAAAUCUAAUUAUUUGUGCCGGCCCGUGGAACAGAGCAGAGAUGCAUUAAGGUGGAAUUUGUCAUUUGUUAUGUUCAAUUCCUGCUUUAAAUUAAAAAGUCGCUGUUUAUGAUUUGCCAAUAACCAAAGGGAAAACUAAAACCUUUGCAGUGUCCAUGCCAUUGCUUUUUCCUCAAGUAGUUUAAGCAUUCAUUUACUGUUGGUUCUUUUUCAGUUGCUUGUCUCAGUGUAUUGAGAAAACGUUUAUUUUAUCAGAAAUUGUUACAUAAAUUGGAGGUUAGAUCAUCUUAUACAUUAUCUUUGUUUAAUUACUGGAAGCAUGAAAUAGUCUCAUUUCAUUACGUUUUAUUAUGUGACCAAAUUCCCAACCUGUAUUUUAGUUC